CGUUUGACCUGUCCCGUAGCCACGCGCUUUCGCUCCGCCACGCGCACUCCUGGGACCGCGCAGGAGUCAAGCGCGAGGCUCUGCACACACGGACACUCAAAGCUGGGACAUGUGAACGUGCUACAGACACGCGCGCGCUGUUUCGACGCAUUACCCAGAUCCCGAAAAGGUCCGUUUUGUGGUUUUGCCAGACCCGCGCGCGUCUCCGGUCAUUGCUGUCUUUAUGUUCCACAAUUUUUUUUUAAAUUUUUUUUUGUCGUUUGGUUUGGUGUCGCGUGGUUUAACGACACCCACCCGACGUUUAAGCGUUUGUUUUACGUGUAAGUCACGGUAGGAGUUUUAAGCCCGCACCACCGGCGAGAGGAACCGAUUGCGGUGUCGGUCGUGGUCAUCCGAGUCGCUUUCUCCACUCGCGAAAGUGCGGCGCAACUUCGUCUGUUCGUCUUCGGAAGAACCGGACCGAUCGCAGAUCUCGACCGAAUCUUCUUGCUUGGGCGGCUGUGAAAUUCGUUUAAGGGAGAUCGGACUACAUGCAAGAGCCGUGACCGUUGCCGUUGGUAGUGGAAAACGUAUGAGCGCUGGACGUACUGGCGCCGGUGCGCACCAGUCCGAGGGAACGCAGUACGGGCAAGGCUGUGACUCGCGUUAAAGCCAAAAGCCGUGCACGGUUCCGCCGAGUUCCGCCGCUUGGAAAGAUGGUUUGCAAUGUUCUCUGCUGUUUCAGCAGUUUUGCCAACUGAGGUCGACAACCGUUAAUACACGUGAAUACUUGUGAAGCGCGUGUGACCUAUGGAACAAAGACUUUGGGACUUUUGGUGUUCAAUUCUGCCUGGUCAACCUCAUCCCCUGCUCUCCCGCAAAGUCUUUGUCUGCGCGCCUUUGCGCGAUCGUCCGUCGGGAGUGAGAUGGGAGCCGCGAGACGGACUGCCGGGGUUCCCAUGGCGCUCGCGGACUGGGCUAACGGCCUGGGAUUUCUCAUCCUGUUCCUCGCGGAGUGCUUAACAGUGGCUGCGGCUAACAUGGAGCCUAUCUACUGGAACUCCCUGAACAGAAGGUUUGGGGAUGAGCGGGGUUACGUCCUCUAUCCUCAGAUCGGAGACCGUUUGGACCUGGUGUGUCCCGGCUCCAGCCCGGCUGGGCCCCGCUCCACCCCUGAGUACGAGUACUACAAGCUGUACCUUGUGGCGAGGCGCGAGGAAGCAGACAGGUGUGAGGUGACGGGCACACCCAGCCUGCUCCUCACCUGUGACAAGCCCAACGCUGACAUGCGCUUCACCAUCAAGUUCCAGGAGUUCUCACCUAACCUCUGGGGUCACGAGUUCAAAAACCUUCACGACUACUACAUCAUAGCUACCUCGGACGGCACAAAGCAGGGGCUGGAUAGCGUGAGAGGAGGAGUGUGUGCAACACGGGGGAUGAAGGUGGUGCUGAAAGUGGGACAGACGGCGUAUGGACUCCCUCCCAAAGCCAGGCCCGGCCCGGGUCACUCCAGCACUUGGACUCCAGGUAAGGGCGGGGACAGCAGCUCCUCCGAGGGCGUGGACGGCACCGGAGCCGCAGACGGGCGGGGCGGCGGCACCGUGCCAGCGUCCAACGUGGCCCUGAUCGCAGGCGGGGCGGGUGGAGCCGCCUUCCUGCUCCUGGUCGCCGCGGUGAUCGGAGCGGUGUGCUACCGGCGGAAGAAGGCCAAGCAGUCGGAGUCGCACCACCCUCCGCUCUCCCUCUCCUCUCUCACGCCCAAACGGGGCGGGGCCACCGGGGGGGUCGUUGCCGCCCCCACGGGGGUCAACAGCGGCGGCGCGGAGCCCAGUGACAUCAUCAUCCCGCUGAGGACUUCAGACUCCACCUACUGCCCACACUACGAGAAAGUGAGCAGCGAAUACGGGCAUCCUGUCUAUAUCGUACAGGAGAUGGCGCCCCAGAGCCCAGCCAACAUCUACUACAAAGUAUGAAGAGGAACUGAAAGACACACACACACACACACACACACACACACACACACUCAGGCUCUCAGUCUCGAUAUACCAUCCAUAUCUGAGAGACUAGGAAGCACAGCUGUAGGGACGUUCCUGCUUCGGUGGAGCUUGGCACUAGACUUCUUCUCUUCCUGAGUGACUCCACCCAGCAGAGACUCCUAACAGAGGUGAUAAGACAUGUCACACACUGGCUGUGUGUGGGUGUGUGUAAAAGACGUUUUCUGAAAAGCUGUGGAGUUUUGUACACACCUACAAUGUAUCUGCAAUAGAGACAGUUAAGCAUUCAGACUGUAUUACUUAUGUUUCUUUCCUAUUGUAGAAAAUGUUUGGGGGGGGGGUGUUUGUGUGUGUGUCUGUGUGUGUGUGUGUGUGCGCGCACGCGCGUGCACAUGCACGCCUUUGUGCAUGUGUUGAAGAUUGAAACUGAAGGAUGUAUUUUAAUUUAAAACCCAAGCAGACAUUUCUCUACAAGAAAGCUAAAAUGGUCAUUUUAAUUGGUAAUUAGACUUAGGCCCUUUGUGUGCUUUUUCCCUGCCCACUUGGUCGUGAUCGCUGUCCUGUUCCCAGGAUUGGUUGUUUGAAGCUAUGGAAGGCCGCACCCCCUGAAUAAGAGGCCACACCCCUGGGUGUGUUCACUUCAGCAGCUGUGAUAGGCCACACCCCCUAGGCGUGUUCACUUGAGCAGUUGCGUAUCUGAGCUUGGCUCCCCCUGGGCUGCCCACGCUUUCCCAUCAUCCCACCGCUCCGCCUUCAUCCUUCACACUGACACUUCUUGCCUGGAGAAAAGGAACUGCAGACUGAGGAAGAGGCCGGCAUGUGAAGAGGAAGGUGGACUACCUCACUAGUAUUGUGGAAGCAAGGGGAGCUGAGGUCAGCUGAGGAGUUAAAAGGUCACAGACAAGCUGUCUCGGCCUUCUGAGCACUACAGGAGACUGAUGUGAACUAUUAAAUUACAGCAUUUUCUGUUCUACACUUACAGUACAUACCAGCACGCACACCCACACACACACACUCGCAGAUUUUUCUUCACAUUCCCACUGUUUCUGUCAGUUGUAUGUUUUCAUACACUCUCCCCAAAGGGAACCCACAGUAUGUGUUUCAAAGCUUUAUAAAUGAUGCUCGCCAGACUGCUGGGAAUGAUCAGCAAAACCAUUCUUCUGUGUGUGUGUGUGUGUGUGUGUGUGUGUGUGUGUGUGUGUGUGCGUGUGAGAGAGAGAGAGCGAGAGAAACACCAAGUAUAAGUACAAAGUGUCAGCAAACUGCCUUCAGUGUAUAUAACUCCUUUCCUGCUAUCUGCUUGGACAUGCCACCUGCUGCUGACAUCAUCACCAUGCGACAGCCCUGCAUGCUGUUUGCAGAAACUUACUUGCAGAGACAUUUAUUCAUGCCACAGCUGUACCAGAGAGAGAUGGUGCAUAAAAGAGAGCUUGGACGAA